AUGGCCAAGCCUCCAAUUCUGUCGAAACCCGUUCUUGGAAAGGACUUGUUACUAUACUUAGCCGUCUCCGAGAAUGCGGUGAGCGCAGCCCUAGUCUGGGAAGAGGAAAAAACUCAACACCCCGUGUACUAUGUCCGCAAGCGUAUGAUAGGGGCAGAGAUGCGGUAUCCAGUGAUUGAGAAGCUGGUUUUUUGCCUCCUGAUGGCUUCAAGGAAGUUAAGACCCUACUUCCAGGCUCACCCUAUCAAGGUGUUGACUAACCAUCUGCUCCAGCAAGUCCUACAGAAGCCGGAGGCGUCCGGAAGACUCCUCAAAUGGGCUAUGGAUCUGUUAAGCCAGUUCGACAUACACUACAUACCACGCACUUCUAUAAAAGGACAAGCGCUAGCGGACUUCAUAGCAGAGUGCAAUGAAGAAGAAGCUAGUGCAAACGUACCAACACCACAAACCCCAGCGUGGAAAGUGUUCUUGGAUAGAGCGUCCAACGAAAACGGAUCAGGAGCUGGGGAAGCCCUGAUUUCAGGGCUGAGAUUAGCAAAAGUCGUGGGUGCCACAAGAGUAGAAGUCUUCAGUGAUUCACAGUUGGUGGUAAACCAAGUGUCAGGAGAAUAUCAAACGCCUGGAGAAAAAAUGGAUGCGUAUGUAGCAAUUGUCCGGGAGCUACUCCACGAGUUCACGGAUUAUAAAGGGGAAAGAAUCCCUAGAGAAAAGAAUGCCCACGCAGACUGUUUGGCUAAGCUAGCAUCAGACGGCGAGAUUGAGAAACUAGGGGUGGUGCCCGUUGAACGCCUCACGGAACCAAGCAUUAAAACCAAAAAUAUUGUGGCAGCAGUUGAGCAAGAGCCCAACUGUAUGAUCCCCAUCAUCGAAUACAUAACCAAAGGCGAGUUGCCCCAAGAAAGGGCACUGUCCAGAAGGAUACAGUAUCAAGCGCAUCGUUAUGUGAUGAUGGAUAACAUUCUCUACCGAAGAGGACUCAUCAUGGCAUACCUAAUGUGUGUAUCUGACCCUGAAGCUAAGCAAAUUAUGCUAGAGGUCCAUGAGGGGUUUUGCGGAGAUCAUACAGGAGGCCCGAGUCCCUCAAAGAAGAUACUGAGACAAGGAUACUUCUGGCCAGCCAUGAAAAAAGACUUGUGUCGAUAUGGCUUGCCUCAUAAGAUAGUCUUAGACAACGGGAAGCAGUUUCACUGCGAAGAAUUUACCAACUUCUACAAGCAACACGGAGUCAUCAAAAGCUUCUAUGCAGUGGCAAGGCCGCAAAUAAACGAACAAGCAGAAGCGGUCAAUAAAAUCCUAAAAUUCGCCCUAAAGAAAAAGUUGUUGGCCUGCAAAAACGAUUAG